AAAAAUAGUUAAGUAUAGAAUACAAUUAGUAAUUUUUAGUUUAUUGAAAUAUAAUAAAACAGAUAAAUGGAUAUAGAAAGUAAAAAUCAGCCAAAAAUAUAUGAAAAGAUGGACUUCGAAAGCGGAGGUAUUAUUAAAAAUGCUAGCGAAUAAGCAUUGAAGGGUAAAGCCGUCAUCGAGUCAAAUUUUGAAAUAUUCAAUAAAUGGCAAAAAAUUCAUAAGAUUGGACCUGGUUUAGCUAAUUUGGGCAACACAUGCUUCUUUAAUUCCGUCUUAUAAUGCUUAACAUAUACUCCUCCUUUAGCUAAUUACUUACUUAGUGGCGAGCAUAAAAAAACAUGUCCUAGAAAAGAAUCUUUUUGUGCAAUUUGCUUAUUAGAAUAACAUAUUGAGUAAUGUUUUUCAUAAAACAGACCUCCCGUUGUAUAACCUAGAAAAAUAAUUUAAAAUAUGCGCUAUAUAAACAAGAAAUUCAAACUAGGUAGAUAAGAUGACUCUCAUGAGCUAUUAAGAUUGCUCUUAGAGUCAAUGCAAAAAAGUGCACUGGAUUUUAAGCCUAAGGUAGAUUAAAAGAUAGAAGAAGCUACUCCUAUCUAUAAAAUGUUUGCUGGAAAGCUGAAAAGCCAAGUAGAAUGCUCAGUAUGCAACUAUCGUUCUGAAAACAUUGAAGCCUUCUACGACUUAUCAUUAGAAUGCAAAGAAUCUGUUUAGAAGUCAUUCGAGUUAUUCUUUAGAAAAGAAAAACUUGAAGGAAAUAACAAAUACAGAUGUUCUAAAUGCAAAAAGUUAGUAGAAGCACAGAAGGGAUAUGUCAUUCAUUAAUUGCCAAAUGUAUUAACACUUCAGAUCAAGAGAUUUAACAACUUUAUGAUGAAGAUUAAUACUCAUACCUAAUUUCCAGCUGAAAUAGAUAUCUCCAAGUAUGUCUAGCAAGCCAAUAAGAAACCAGAAAUAUAUGACUUAUAUGGAGUAUUAAUCCAUAUUGGUGGAGGUCUACAUUUUGGUCACUAUUAUUGUUAUGUUAAGAACUCUAAUGAUAUGUGGUACUGCAUGAAUGACUCUAGUGUUUCUUAAAGAUCAUUUUAAGAAGUUUCAAAAGAGAGACCAUACUUGCUCUUCUACGUCAAGAGAGAAGUUAUUACUAAACCUAAAAGAAAAUCCAGUGCUGAUUUAAGUAACUUAUAAAAAGAAGUUGUUAAAGAAGCCAUUAAAGAAGCUGCCACAGCUGCUAUUGAUUAAGGAAAAUAAUAAGUAUUGAAUGAAGAAUAAAAUGUAAACAAUAAAUAAAAAACACUUUGUGAUGAAUAUAAAGAAAUUGCAAAAUCUGAAUAGUGCCAAGAAUACAUGAAAUAGUUAGAUUCACUUUUUGCAAUAAAAAAGAAAAAUGAACCUGAAUAAAAGUCAGAAAAAAUAGUUGAAGAAAAGUAGUAGAAUAAAUAGGAAGUUAAAAAGGAUUAAAUUAAAUAGAAGUAAGCUGAAGAAUAGAAAUAAUAAGAUAUCUAGGAGAAUAAGAGUGAAGAAAAUAAAAUGGAAGAAGAAAAGGACUCUAAUAAGCAAGAUUAGAUAAGUAAAGAAAUUGAUGAUAAAUUCUAUUAAUUACAAAGAGACAGAAUGAAUAACAAAUAUUAAAGAUGCUAAUUUUAGGUUGUUAAGCUUAAGAAAAUAAAAAAAUUAAAGUACAUUACUGAUACCUUUAUGAGAAAAAGACUUAGAAGUUAAAUGGCAAAUUAAUUAUUAUAUUUAGGAAAUAGUCAAGCUAGUUUACAAACUAUAUCUAGACAAGAUAGUGCAGAAGAAAAUAAGCAAAAAGUCAAAUAGAUAAAUGGAGUUUAUGUAAAUUCUGAAGCAUUAGCUUAGAAUAUAGUUUCUACUAAAAGUGAUCAAUCUCUUAAACCAACAUCUAAUGGAUCAACAGCUCAAUCAACUCCUGAAACCAAGCAAUCCAAGCAAGCAAAUGAAGUAUUAAAACAAAAAGAAGCCAAGAUUGGAGAAAUAACAUAAAAUAAUUUAGAAUAUGGAGGUUUAAUUAAAACAUUGCAGUAAAAGAAUGAAGUUUCUCAAAAAGUAAAUGGCCAACAGAUUGUAAACUAAUCUGAGAAUAAGAAAUCAACCAACUCCCCAUUAAAUCUUUCAAGUUUAGAGUUGCUUUCUUAAAAUGACAGUGGCUCAUAGUUGUGGAACUCAAAGGAAAGCCAAUAGCUUGCUUAAUUCAGAAAUAAGGUAAAAGAACACAAUAAAAACAUACUUGAAUAUUAAAAAAAAGAGAAAGAUGAGUACGAUGUUGAAUACGAUAAGGGAAAACUUAAAAAAAUAAAAAAGAAGAAAGAAAAGCAAAGAAUCAACUUCGAUAAGUUAGCCUAAUAAUAAUAAAAAAAUAAAAAUAAAAAUGGUUACUAAUAAUAUUUAAAGAAGAAUAAAAAAUAAUAUAAAUGA